AUGGUCGAGAACCGGGGCCCGCAGGUCUUGGGUGUUGCUGCUUCGUUUGGGCCCCUCGCACUGUCUUUUGUGCUGUUACGAUGCUAUGUUCGAAUUCGCAUAACCAAGGCUUUCGGUUUAGACGAUUACUUUAUGGUCCUUUCAUUGAUGGGCUAUCUGACCUACACAACUGCUGGGAUAUAUCAUGGUGACUAUGAGGAUAAGUUGACUAUUCCUCCUCUGUUGCCAGAGAAUACUGACGUAUACCACAUCUAUUGGAUCGGCUACAUUGCAUACAGCGUCGCCAUGACCUGCGCCAAAAUCUCUAUUGGCGUCUUUCUCCUCCGCCUGACUGUUUACAAGGUGCACCGCAUCAUCAUCUGGAUCGCCAUGGCCGUCACGACUCUCAGUGGAAUUGUGUUCCUCUUCGUUACCUUCUUCGAGUGUUCGCCUGUUCAGUUCUUCUGGACGAGAUGGCUUGGUGUGGUGGACGGUCAUUGUCUCUCACCCGAAGUCAUUGCAAUCUGCUCCUAUUGUUACGGCGCUACUUGCGCUCUAUGUGAUUUCAUCUUCGGCCUCCUGCCGGUAGUACUAAUUACCAAACUGCAAAUGGAACGAAGCAUGAAGUUCAUGCUUGUGCCAAUCCUUAGUAUAGCCUGCAUUGCAAGCUGCGCGGUCGUCAUUCGCAUACCAUACACCCGAUUUUUUACUGAUGCUGACUUUCUCUACGCAACUGUUCCGAUUGCUGUCUGGUCCAUCGUCGAGUGCGGCCUUGCCAUCACGGCAGGCUGUGUGGUUACGUUGUAUCCACUUUACAAGCAAGUAAUCGAGCAUCUCACCACGAAAGGCGUCUCCAGUGAAGAACCCGACUACUCUGACGGAACUCCGAAUCGUUACCACAAACGCCCCGGCGUGUUCAGCCUAUCGCACCUGACCACAAGAUGCAAAGAUGACGAAGAAGAAAACCCACGAGAAGGUGCUCUCCGUCUUGAAGAGCGUGACACCACCAGCCUGAAGAAUGCUAUGACUCCAAUUCACGUCUCGGUGCGCAAGGACUUCAAGAUGAUAGAGAAUGAGAGUCUGGAAAGGCAGGUCACAAAUGACAGUCGCGAUACUCUCCAGUUGGUGGAUAAAAGAGACGAACAUGUUAUCAAGACAUUCGUGCACUCAUGA